GGAGUACUGGCCUAACUGACAGCUCAAACUAUCUGUGACACUGGUAUAGGCGGGUCCAGCCUUAUACACACACGCUCAAGUUACUGAGCCACUAGCAGGAACAGGAGCUUGCAGCUUUGCUGAGUUAAAAGAAGCCCACAGCUGCCAGUCCUGUGCAUAAGUAACCAGGGAACACAGUUUUUUUUCCAACCUCAGAUUGCUUUAGCUGAAAUUACACCAUGAAUGGGCCAGUAGAUGGUUUCAACGACCACUCAGUGGAAGAUUUUGGGGAUUUUAUGUUCACAUCAGAGUCUGUGGGAGAAGGACAUCCUGACAAAAUCUGUGACCAGAUAAGUGAUGCUGUUCUUGAUGCCCAUCUGCAGCAGGAUCCUGAUGCCAAGGUUGCUUGUGAAACGGUGUGCAAAACUGGGAUGGUCUUACUUUGUGGCGAAAUCACGUCCCGGGGAGUUGUCGAUUAUCAGAAAGUGGUUCGUGACACCAUUAAGUACAUUGGGUAUGAUGAUUCUGAAAAAGGUUUUGACUACAAGACAUGUAAUGUGCUUGUAGCUCUAGAACAGCAAUCUCCAGAUAUUGCACAAGGUGUUCAUUUAGAUCGGAAAGAGGAGGAUAUUGGAGCUGGAGAUCAGGGUUUGAUGUUUGGCUAUGCAACAGAUGAGACGAAGGAGUGCAUGCCACUGACCAUUGUCCUUGCCCACAAGCUUAAUGCAAAACUUGCAGAACUAAGACGCAGUGGGGAGCUGCCGUGGCUUAGACCAGAUUCCAAAACACAGGUUACAGUAAAGUACCACCAGGAGAAUGGAGCUGUAAUCCCAGUACGGGUUCAUACCAUUGUUAUAUCAGUACAGCAUGAUGAGACCAUCUCUUUGAAUGACAUGAGGGAGGCCUUGAAGGAGAGAGUUAUAAAGGCUGUUGUUCCUGCCAAGUAUCUGGAUGAGAAGACUAUAUACCAUUUACAGCCCAGUGGGCGUUUCGUCAUUGGUGGCCCUCAGGGAGAUGCUGGUGUCACUGGUCGGAAGAUAAUAGUAGACACAUAUGGGGGAUGGGGUGCCCACGGUGGAGGAGCAUUUUCAGGCAAGGACUAUACAAAAGUGGAUAGGUCUGCUGCUUAUGCUGCCCGCUGGGUGGCCAAAUCAUUGGUACAUGCCAAGCUCUGCCAUCGUGUCCUGGUUCAGGUGUCUUAUGCCAUUGGUGUGGCCCAGCCGUUAUCAGUUUCACUUUUCACCUAUGGGACCUCUGAGAAAAACGAGAAAGAGCUAUUGGAAAUCGUCAAUAAGAACUUUGAUCUAAGGCCUGGAGUCAUUGUCAGGGAUCUUGACUUGAAGAAGCCCAUAUAUCAGGACACUGCAUGUUACGGGCACUUUGGUAGAGAUGGAUUCUCUUGGGAAGUACCAAAAGAACUGGUCUUUUAAACCAGGACAGAGGAACUGGUACUAUCCAAGGAGAUAUGACAACAUUUUUAUUCAGGAAUUCCACAGUAACUGUUGCUUCAUACUCACAAUGGCAUCUCAGAAAAUAACAUCUACUGAAAAUGGCAAUGAAUGUGCAUAGUCUCAGAAGUGAAAAAGGAUUAGGAUAAAGUAGACAACACAAUCAAUGCAUUAUUAUAAUUCAGAUCCUGGUAUGCCGGAAAAGAAAUAGAUGUCUAUUUAUAUUUGGGUAACUGCCAUGGUACAGUUAUCACAAUGGUGCUAAUUAUUGUAAACUGAACCACCUAUCACAAAGAAAUUGUUUCUGAUGCUGCUAUAUCAUGUGUAACAGUCACAUCUGUUAAUUUUACAUUCUCUACAAAUCAGUCAAGGCUAGAAUGCUCUCCAUGAGGAGUAAAUGCUCCUAAAUCAAAUAGUUCUCCAUCAAUCACAGCAUUUGGUGAAUUUUAUUCCCUAUGUUUUGCUGUUGGCAUAAAGUGAAAUCUGAAAUGUUAUAUAACCACAUCAAUUCACCUGGCAAGUGCAUAUGUGGCUAUAUCAGUAGUUUGGUCAAAGGGAAUUACCUAUGUUUAAAUAAAGAUCAUAUAACAAAUAUCACCAUCUAAUACUGAGACAGCAUGCCUCUCAGCGUGAAGAACUAAUUGCAACUAAUCUACUAAAUUCUAAAUCAAGAAAAACACUUUAAUUGCAUUUAUAUGAAUGCCAAUACUAUGGAGAAUGUGCAUUAAAGGACCAUUAAACCCAAGUAAUUUCAUUAUAUUGAGCAGCAUACUGCGCUGUUAUAAUAUAACCUUUGAUGCUGCUGAUAUAGUUUUUGUUAGAAAUAUACAAAGAAAAAAUUCCAAAAGUUUUCAACCUCUGUUAAGUUAUAUACCAGAUAUUUUUGAGCAAUGAUACAUUGAAGUUCAUGCCAGAAACAGGUAUUGUCAGCUUUAGAUAACUUCUGCUUCUAAUAUUAACUGCCCUUCUCCAUUAUAAUACAUCUGUCCUGUACCGAUCUCCCUCUCCUGCUAUUCAUUUUCAACCACAGUCUUACGUAAUUUAAUUCUUCUACUAUAAUCUCACCUAUAAUCCAUUACCCCAACCCUCAAAAUUAGUUCUCCAUCCCCACCCUCUGCCACAGCUUAUCUUCUAUAAAAGCAACAUGCCGAUGAGGUGAUGCUAUUGGAUAUCACACUUCUUGUUGCCUGAUAGGCUAUGAACUCAUUUAGUGUAGUGAUGACAUCACUGGAGCAACCUACUCACAGCUCCGUGUCACAGAUGAUCCUGGUGAUGAGUGAUACCAGAAACAGUCACUUUGUGUCAGCCUCAUCGUAUACUAUGGGAUUGUUUUAGAGGUGGACAAAGCCGCAUGUCCGUACACAGUGGCUGCAUCCAUCUGGUCUGCGCACGUGCACUGGCCUGCGUAACCCUUCUCCUUGCGGCCGCAUACAGGAAGUAUGCGGCCGCAAGAUCAUUGACAGCAAAGGUCGUUCACCGGGGCGGUGGCGCGGUAUUGGUGGGCAUGACGGGCUGAAUGGGGGCGGGCCAGGAAUGUUUUAGUGGCAGCUGCGUGAUGUCAAUGCAGCCGCUCCGAUUAAAAAAAUGUUGGUGGACUUCCUGACAGUGCUGCCAGGGGUCAACCUUAAUUCGACUUUGGAUGCAUCGAGAGGCGGCCUGUCACACAUGCUGGGCGGCCUUGCCCUGUGCUGGGCAGCCCCCAGCAUGUGAGGAGAUGGACGCGGAUCUGGCUCUGUAUGCCACAAUCUGCGGCCAUCUCUGAAUCAGCCCCUAUGUACUAUAAGAAGGGGUAUGGGAGUGUGGAGAAUGGAUUAUAGGAAGUGCGUACUUCAAAUGUACCUUGUCCUGGCCUUGCUGCUCCCUGGGUGCACCCUCAGCUUUCAACAUGUCACAGUCCCACAAUAAAUGUUGUUACCUGAACUUUGGAUUUAAACACUACGGUAUGUACAGAGUGCUCCGCGCACAUUCCACAUAAUAACUAAAUAAAAGUAUGCUUAGCAAAGAGUAACUGUAGUAACAGAGUUGGUCAGGGUUGCAAGACCUUCAAAAUAAUCUUACUAACACCAUUACAUAAAGUUAUUAGUAUCAGCACUACCAGACAUUGCGCUAUAUUAUUUAUAUAUAUAUAUAUAUAUAUAUAUAUAUAUACUGUAUAUGUAUAUAUACAUAUAUAUACAUAUACAGUAUAUAUAUAUAUAUAUAUGUAUAUGUGUAUAUAUAUAUACACACACACACACACACACACACACACACACACAAAUAUAUAUAUAUAUAUAUAUAUAUAUAUGCACUAUAUAUAGAAUAGCCAACCAGGCACUUCUGUACAAUGUAAGCAUCUAGUAACAUGUACAGUUGUCAACACUGUGAAGCGCUUGAAGGACUAAAGUGGAUGCAGGUCAUCCAAAAUCCAUUCAUGUAAAAGGAAAAGAAGAAAAGGAGCUACAGAUGUAGCCACCUUUAUCUUGACUGUUUCUCCGCCGAGACGGGCGUUUAGUCACGCUAAGGCGAUAGCUGAGUUUAAUCACAGGCAGGCGCGUUGAGGCGAUCUAGAUACUCAUCAUGCAUUACACAUCUCCACCACUGUGUGGCUAAUGCUCCACUAAUCCAGUACUUUCGAUCGUACAGUAUAGCGGCGGAUUGAUCUACAGCUCUGGCAAUACUGUAGGCGUAACGGGAGGCGGUGGAAAAAGUAUGGAGUACUGUACUGCAUGUGUAUGGAGACGCAACUACAGUAAUUGUGUAAAAGGAAGAAUGUACAGUACAAUGUAUAAACACCGUGCUUUUAAAAUAUAUGAGCGUCUGAGUUCGCUAAUGCAUAAUGGGAAUGGAGGACUGGCAGGAGGCGGAGGAAAACACCGUGCUUUACAAAUGCGAGCGUCCGAGUCCUCUAAGGCAUAAACCAACAGCAUAAACAAUACGAAAAAAUGGACACGGGAUCCCCCAUCUUUUUAGAACCAGCACAGGGCUCUGCGCCUGGUCCUGGUGCAAAAACUAAGGGGGACAAAAAAGCGUAGGGGUUCCCCGUAUUUUUGACCGGUCCCUGCGGCCAUGGCAUUAAAUACCCAACUAGUCACCCCCUGGCCGGGGUACCCUGGAGGAGUGGGGACCCCUUAAAUCAAGGGGACCCCCCCUCCAGCCACUCGAUUAUCUCUAUCGCCCCUGUGUAUUGUAGCUAGGGGAUUGUGACGCUCCUUCAGCAUUGCCCCGUAGCUUGCAAAAUCUGUGCUGUUAUUUGCUCCAUACUGUAGCUGAGUGCCUCCUAGGAGCUACAGUACAGUAGGAGUCACAGGCGGUAACCAUUUCAAUUGAGUCUGCCCUGCUAUAGAAUUGUAUGUGUACCGUACGGUGCAUAGAACCUUUACAGUAGAAACUCUCCUGCAGCUUGGGGGACAAAAAGCAUAGGGGUUCCACCUAUUUUUUUAACCAGCACCGGGCUCCACUAGCUGGACAGAUAAUGCACAGCCGGGGGACACUUUUAUACCGGUCCCUGCGGCCAUGGAAUUAAAUACCCAACUAGUCACACCUGACCGGGGUACCCUGGAGGAGUGGGGACCCCUUAAAUCAAGGGGACCCCCCCUCCAGCCACUCGAAUAUCCCUAUCGCCCCUGUGUAUUGUAGCUAGGGGAUUGUGACGCUCCUUCAGCAUUGCCCCAUAGCCUGCAAAAUCUGUGCUGUUAUUUGCUCCAUACUGUAGCUGAGUGCUUCCUAGGAGCUACAGUACAGUAGGAGUCACAGGCGGUAGCCAUUUUAAUUGAGUCUGCCCUGCUAUAGAAUUGUAUGUGUACCGUAUGGUGCAUAGAACUUUUACAGUAGAAACUCUCCUGCAACUUUGGCCUGCUUUAUGUAAAACUUGUGGUUUGUCAGCUUGCUAUGCGAUCGAGUCCGGUGUAACGUACUGUAAUGUGCAUAGACCUUGCUUACAGUAUCUCUGUUUGCUAGGGGAUUGUGACGCUCCUUCAGCAUCGCCCCGUAGCCUGCACAACUUAUGCCAUUUCUCAUUCCAUACCCGACUGCUGCCUGCCACGAGGUGGGGGUUCAGGGGUAGUGGUCACUUUGACAGUGUGCUACAGUAUGCGAUUGAGUCCGGUGUACCGUAAUAUGCAAUUCUACAGUAUAGUAACUUAUCCCCAUCGCCCCUGUGUAUUUUGGCUAGGGGAUUGUGACGUUCCUUCAGCAUUGCCCCAUAGCCUGCAAAAGGGUUCAGGGGCGGCGGCCAUUUUGCCAGUGUGCUAUGCGAUCGAGUCCGGUUACCAUAAUGUGCAUACUGCUGUAUGUAUUUUAGCUAGGGGAUUGUGACGCUCCUUCAGCAUUGCCCCAUAGUCUGUACAAUUUGGACUAUUACUUGCUCCGUAGCCUAGGGCCUCUGUGGGGCAAGGAGUCAUACUGUAGGUGGUAGCCAUUUCUAUUGAGUCUGCCCAGCUACAGAAUUGUAUGUGUACUGUACGGAGCAUAGAACCUUAACAUUAGAACCACUCAUGCAGCUUUGCCCUGGUUUACUGUAUGUGAAUAAAAAUAAUAAUAAAGUGUAUGAAAAAAAACUAACAUGCAUUCGUACUGUACUGUACAUGGAAUCGAACCCGGGACUCUGAGUAUAGGAAGCGAAACACUUCACCACUUCGCCGCAGACAAAUGUAUAAAUCCAUUGGUUUUGAUUAUGCUGUAAUGGCUACGGGAUUAGGACGAUAACAUACAGUACUGUACAAAAUUCCGAAUCUUGAGAGGCAAUAGUGAACUUCUAACACACAUCCAUUUGCGACAGUGUACACUACUGGUUUUAUGUUUUGCCUGCGGGACUUGGACGCUCACAUACAGUAUUCAUAAAGUAUUGUAGAUGGAUCAUAUACUGUAUGCUGUACUAUUUGCGUCUGUGUCAUAUAUACAGUACUGUAUUAAAUAAUGCAGCGUAAUGAGUAUUUACUGUAUGCAGCGUAAUGAGACGCCUUAGUAAAGUAGUCCUUAUUAUGUAUUUCAGUAUUGUAUUUUACGGGAGACCACACGCAUGCGCAGUGGUGAUUGUAAAAAGCAACAUCUGGUGGCUGAUCGCAGGUAUUACACGUAAAGGUAACGCCAAACGCCAUGUCUGCCUCCGUGCGAUUAGGUACGCCUCUCUGUGACUAGGCGCGCCUCCCUACGCUGCAUACGCUCUAUCGGGACAAACGCCUCAGCCAGUCAAGAUAAAGGUGGCUACAUCUGUAUAUGUAGUGUUAUGGAUAACAUGAUACCAACCUUUUACAUGUACAGAAAUGUAUCUGAUGAUUUAUUAUCCCCCGGUCUCACCGUAUUAAAAUAGUUCACAAAAUGCCUUAUCCUUAAUGUGUGUGUGUGUGUGUGUGUGUGUGUGUGUGUGUGACCUUCUGCCUCACCAUUACUGACUUGUGUAGGUAUUGGGAUCAAUGAUAAGUGAAUGAGCUCAUAGUAAUAUGUCACUGUGGUAGUAAUAACUGUAAGUGUCUGACACCAGUGCUUCUAAGUUGGUUGUGUGCAAUUAAAUAUGCUAGUGUUUUUAAAAUAGAGGGGUAUACUGUAUUUAUCAAAGCUUGUAGAGAGAUAAAGUGGUUACAUAAUACAGAUAUAGGGGUCUAUUCAAGCAGUGAAAAGAAUGGAGAAGUGUGCCAGUAGAGAAGUUGUCCAUGGCAACCAAUCAGCGGCUCUGUACUAUUUUAUAGUAUGCAAAUUAUAAAUGCUACUUCAAUGCUGAUUGGUUGCCAUGGGCAACUUCUUCACUGGCUCACUUCUCCACACUUUUCACUACUUCAUGAAUAGACCCCAAAGUACUAGCCAAUUAGCUCCUGUCAUUCGACAGCCUGUGCUUGAAAAAUAACAGUUAGGAGCUGAUUAGUAUCUCCAAGCUUUGAUAAAUCUGCCCAUAGUCUAAAUUAAUCUUAAAGCUGUGAGAAUAUAUUUAAAUAUCUGAAUUAUCCAAAAUCUAAUAAUCUAAUAAUUAAGAAAGCAAAGUAAUUGUUUGUCUCAUAUUUAGGCUGUUUGGUUCAUCUUUACGCGUAUAACAUAUGCUAACACUGUGCAGCAUGCGUGGUACACCUAUGUUUAGCUGCGUUCAGCCACUUGCAAUACACAGCUCAGACCUGAUGUAAAAUAGGGCUAGCUAUGGCGCAGAACACACAGAAUAAUUAAACAGAUAUUGACUCACAGUUAACAUCCAUUCCCAAAUUAAGUGUUUUAUAGAUAUCAAUUCACACUGGAUGACUCUAUUUGACAUCAGUUCUGAGCAGCCUAUUUUUAUUCUCCUGAAUAGUUUACAUGCAAUGUAAAAUACUUUUGUAAUUGCUUAUGUUUAUUUAAAAAAAAUAAAAAUGCUACUAAUUAAUUUGUUUCUCAA